AAACAAAAAUGGAGUUGUGCAACAAACACAAAAUUAAUUUACAGAAACAAUCUCAGACAAAACACAAAAAGAGUGGUAUUGUGAACUAUUUUUAUGCACAUAAUUUUUCCCAACAGUUUAGCUACAUAUGAUAUCACCAUAAAGAGAGAAAUUAUUAUAUAUUACAAAAACGGCAACAUCCACCAUAAUCGAGAUAUUUUUCAUUUGAAAUUAAUAUAUGUUUUAAUAUUUUCACAUAUUUUAAAGAUAGAGUUUUAUCUUCAUUUCAAUAUUGAACAAUGGUAGGGGAGUACUCUUUUUCUAACAGGUAAAUACACUUUUUACUAAAAUAAAUAUACUUUUUAACCUUUAUCAAAAAAAAAUAUUUUUAAUAAUUUUUAAAAUAUUUAAACCUUAUUUUAUUUUAUUCACAAUAUUAAACAAUGUCAAAAGACUCUCACACUUUGACAUUUGUCUUUGAAUAUUGCAAUAGUAACACCAUAAUGUUUUAAUAAAUGUAAGUCCACUCAAAAAGCAUUAACUCAAAGAUAUUAUACUGAUUAGAUUAUCGAUAUCUCUUAUCGUCAAUAUACAUAUAAUUAUAUGCAUUAGAGUCAACAAAUAUACAAUUUGAUAAUUAGAGCACUAAUAUUUUAGGAGCUCGGUGUUUUGCUUUGUGGCAUUUCCCAAUAAAAUAAUUUAGUUUCUAGAAGAAAGUAAAAAAAAAAUAAUUUGUUUAGUGUUGAUAUAUAGUUAACACCAAAUAAAUAUAAUUUGUGUAAACUAUUUGGUCCCACCCUAUAAUUUGUGUGAACUAUUUGGUCCCACUCUCCACUCCACUGAGUCUCAUGAUUGACUCAUACAAUACAAGCACUCAAAAGAAAGUUAAUCCUCCAUUACAUGCGCGUCAACACUAUAUUAUAUAUAUCACUUCGACGACAACGAUGAAGAUCACAAACCACCACAGAGAAGUCAUCAUGGUCGACAGCAGGGAUUUCACCGUGAACAUUGACGGCGGCGAGGACGUGGACGCCGGAGUGCGUCCCGCAGGUGAUGGGAACAAGAUUUGGCGGGAAACAAGCUACGAUUUCAAUCCCAACAACCACCACAAUAAUCGAGUUUCAAAGUUUUCUUUUCUAUCACAGUCCUCGAAUGUGGAUGAUAUCGAUUACGAAGAAACAUCCAAGCACGGUGAAGUAGGAGAAGAAGAAGAAAUGGGUUCAAAAGAGUUUCGAAAUUCUCUGCGGCGGCCGAGUUUUUCUCCGGCCGUCGCUAACGGCGGAGGAGAGGUGGUGAGGUGUGCGUCAUACCAGAGGAGACACAGCAUGCUGAGGACAAAGACGAAGUCCAGAUUGAUAGACCCGGAUCCGGAACCAAGAACUCGAAAAGCUGUGAAGUUGGGAAAAUUGCGGUCUGGGUUGCUAGGGAGGGCCACCGGGAUGUUAGCGAAAGGAACAGAGGAAGAAGAGGAUGACCCAUUGUUCGAUGAAGACAUUCCAGACGAGUACAAGAGAACCAAUGUCAAUGCAUUCACUAUAGUCCAAUGGGUUAGUCUUGUUUUGAUUGUUGGAGCUCUGAUUUGCAGCCUUUCGGUUCCAAAGUUGAAAGGUCGCAAACUCAGAGGACUCCUAUGGUGGAAAUGGGAGGUUUUGGUUCUGGUUUUGAUAUGUGGUAGGUUGGUCUCUGGUUGGGGGGUUAGAAUUCUAGUUUUCUUCAUCGACCGCAAUUUUCUUCUGCGAAAAAGGGUUCUGUAUUUCGUGUAUGGAGUGAGGGAGGCGGUUCAGAAUUGUAUCUGGUUGGGUUUGGUUUUGAUUGGUUGGCAUUACCUGUUUCAUAAAACGGUUGAGAGACAGACAAACAUCAAGUUUCUUCUGUUUGUGAAUAAGGUUCUGGUUUCUUUCUUGGUUGCCGCAGUGUUAUGGCUUGUGAAGACCCUUGUGGUUAAGAUCCUUGCGUCUUCCUUCCACGUGAGCACGUUCUUUGAUCGAAUUCAGGAGUCAGUGUUCAAUCAAUAUGUGAUUGAAACGCUGUCUGGUCUGCCUUCGAUUGAAAUAAAGAACAUUGAGGAAGAUGAGGAGAGGACAACGGCUGAGGUUUGGAAGCAUGAAAAACCGCAGAGAACUUCAAGCCAAAAGUUUUCUAGGGAAUCUUCCGAAAAGCAAGGCGAGGGGAUACUAAUUGAUCAUUUGCAUAAGCUGAAGCCUAAAAAUAUCUCUGCUUGGAAUAUGAAGAGAUUGAUUAGAAUUGUUCGUCAUGGGGAGUUGUCUAUGCUGGAUAAGCAGAUACUAGAAUCAACUAAUGGUGAUGAGCCUAUCACGCAGAUUAGAAGCGAAUCAGAGGCAAAAGUUGCAGCGAGGAAGAUCUUCCAAAAUGUGGUUAAGAGGGGUUCCAGGUUCAUCUACCUAGAAGAUGUGCUGCGUUUCAUGUUAGAAGAUGAGGCUUUGAAGACCAUGAGUCUUUUGGGAGGCUCACCUGAAAGUGAAAAAAUAAGCCAGUCUUCUCUGAAGAACUGGGUGGUUAAUGCUUUUAGAGAACGAAGAGCGCUUGCCUUGACACUUAAUGAUACAAAAACUGCUGUCAACAAACUUCAUCAUAUGGUGAAUGUACUAGUUGUCAUCGUUAUAGCGGUUGUUUCUCUCUUCAUACUAGGAAUUGCAACCAGCAGAUUUCUAUUCCUCAUAAGCUCUCAGAUUGUCGUUGUGGCAUUCAUAUUUGGAAACUCGUGCAAGACUGUAUUUGAAGCCAUUGUCUUUUUAUUUGUGAUGCACCCAUAUGAUGUAGGUGAUCAGUGUGAGAUUGAUGGAGUUCAGAUGGUAGUUGAAGAGAUGAAUAUCUUGACUACCAUUUUUCUGAGAUUAGACAACCAAAAGAUUAUAUAUCCGAAUAGCAUUCUUUCUACAAAGCCUAUCAGUAACUACUAUCGUAGUUCAGACAUGGGCGAUUCAAUUGAUUUCUGUGUCCAUAUUGCAACUCCAAUAGAGAAGAUUGCUAUCAUUAGGCAAAGAAUAAUAAGUUAUGUUGAAAGCAAGAAGGACCACUGGUAUCCUUCGCCGUUGGUGGUACCGAUGGACCUGGUGGGAUUAAACGAUUUGAAACUAUCAGUGUGGCUGAGGCAUCGUAUGAACCACCAAGACAUGGGUGAGAAGUGGUUAAGGAGAGCCUUCGUGAUAGAAGAGAUGAUUAAAAUUUUCAAAGAACUUGAUAUGGAAUACCGCUUGCUUUCCCUUGACAUCAACAUCCGCAACAUGCCCCCUAUAAGCUCCACUUGCUGUCCCAAUCAUCAUGACCAUUAUGAAGUUGAGCAUGAUAGAAUUUGAUGAUCUUGAACAAAUUUUUGAUGAUCUUGAACAAGUUUCUUCUAACUGGACAGCCUCUAAUAAGUGAGCAAUCACAUUAUGCGGGUGGGAGAGAGAAUUUCCGUUACCUUGCCUUAUUCUUGUGUAGUGUUUUUUGUUUUUUUUUUUCUCUUAUCCUCUCUUUAUUUGGUUUGUAUUUUUCUUUUUGUGUUUACCAUGUUCAAUUUCUAUUUAGUACACCAUGUACAUGCAUGAACCAGCUGUACAGCCUCCAGGAGUUUCGCCUUCUCUCUGGAAGGGCUGGGCCAAAUUUACUAAGGCAUUGGUAAUCUUUGUACAAAUCUUGUGACAUGAGAUUGUGUAUUCCUAUUAUGAAGUUGGCAUUGAGGUCUUUUGAUUUUUGUA